UCGCUCAGACUGCGAAGCGGGCCGGGACCCGCCGGACCAGACCAGACCGGACCCUGGGGGCGAUGCGGCUGCUGCCCCUGCUGCGGACUGUCCUCUGGGCCGCGCUCCUCGGUUCCCCUCUGCGGGGGGGCUCCAGCCUCCGCCACCCCAUCUACUGGAACUCCAGUAACCCCAGGCUGCUUCGAGGAGACGCUGUGGUGGAGCUGGGUCUCAACGAUUACCUAGACAUCUUCUGCCCACACUAUGAAAGCCCAGGGCCCCCUGAGGGCCCUGAGACAUUUGCUUUAUACAUGGUGGACUGGCCUGGCUAUAAGGCCUGCCGGGCAGAAGGGGCAAACGCCUUCCAGCGCUGGAAGUGUUCCCUGCCCUUCGCUCCCUUUGGCCCUGUUCGGUUCUCAGAGAAGAUUCAGCGCUUCACACCUUUCUCCCUGGGCUUCGAGUUCCUGCCUGGAGAGACUUACUACUACAUCUCGGUGCCAACUCCGGAGAGUUCCGGCCAGUGCUUGAGGCUCCAGGUGUCUGUCUGCUGCAAGGAGAGCAGGUCUGAGUCAGCCCAUCCUGUUGGGAGCCCUGGAGAGAGUGGCACUUCAGGGUGGCGAGGGGGACAUGCUCCCAGCCCCCUCUGUCUCUUGCUGCUGCUGCUGCUCCCCAUAUUGCGUCUCCUUCGAGUUCUGUGAGCCAAACAGACCUUCCCUGCCACUCCAUGGAGCCAGAGCCUUCCCAAGACCCCCUUGGGGAAGGGGUCCCUGCCACCUGUACUGAGGAUGCCAAGCCAGACAGACAUUGAUGGGGAAAGUUAGAGGGUCUGAGGUGACCCCUAUGGGAGCCUUGCCCCCUCAUCACAAGCUAAAGAAGAGCUUCUUCGAGGGAGCUGCAGACAGCCCUUGGCACCCCAGAGGAGAACCAGGAUAAACAGAGGCUUUGUCAGCGGCUUUGAUGAUCUUAUCCCCUCCCCCAAGAAGAUUGGGAUUUGGUGGGAUGGAAUCCUUGAGCCACUAGGGGCCAAGGCAGAAGACUUGGGGACAGGUGGAUUGCUGGCCCAGAGCAAAGGAGAAGCCCUGCUUUUUGUGCCCUUUAGGCUUUCCUGGGGCAGCAUCUUGCCCUCCCAGGGGGUCACUCACUUGUCUUCCGUGAAGACGGACUUGUCAUGAGGUUGAAUUUCAUGCCAGUUUGUAUUUUUAUAAAGUGUCUGGACCAAGCCUUCAAUAAAGCACCCAUCUUUCUGUUGCCCU